AUGGCCCCCUCAGCGAUUGCUGUUCAACCUACCUCGACUCUCAAGACCAAACAGCUUGUGCCCCAAAACAAAGACGCGACUAAAGACAAAACGCCGCUACAGGCUAUAUCGCAGGGCGUUUGCCUGCCAGGCAUACCUCUCUUCUCUUCGCACGAUAAAGAACGCGCAUGGAUUCUCAAUCACAUGGCCGGAGCGUUCCGUGUGUUUGCUCGUAAAGGCUUUACUGAAGGUAUGAGCGGUCACAUUAGCGUUCGCGACCCUGAGAAUCCGCAUACCUUCUGGACCAACCCCCUGGGAAAACACUUUGCCACUCUCAAAGCCUCAGACAUGAUAUUGGUCGACUACGAUGGCAAAGCUAUAGGAGGAAACACAAGUCGACCCGCGAACGCCGCAGGUUUCCUAAUACACUCGGCGGUGCACAAAGCAAGACCAGAUGUAAAUGCUGCGUGUCACACCCACGGAAAAGCGGGUAAGGCGUGGAGCGCUUUUGCCCGGCCACUCGAGAUGAUUAACCAGGACGUGACCUACUUUUACGGUGAUGCUCAGGCAGUCUAUACCGAGUUCGGUGGGGUCGUGUUUAGUGAAGAAGAAGGACAGCGCCUGGCGGAUGCCUUGGGACCAAAGGGUAAAGGCAUGAUCUUGCGAAAUCAUGGGCUAUUGACCGUCGGAGGUACAGUCGACGAGGCGGCGUACCUUUACACACUCAUGGAGCGGUCGUGUGAGAUACAACUUAUGGUCGAAGCUGCAGCGGCCAAUGGUGUCCCGAAGGUGUUCGUUGACGAUGAUGCUGCAGCAUAUACCUUCAAGAUGGCCAGCGAUCCGGAGAGCCUAUACUGCGAGUUCCAGCCUGACUUAGAGUAUGAGCAGGAACUCAGCAAUGGCGCCUUUGACAUUUAA